AAAAAUUCUUUCUCAGUGUCUCUCAAAACGCCCAGCGUCCCCAGACAAGGCUAUACAAAAGACAAGUUUGGACUUUGAUCCACGUCCGCCUUCUCUCGACGAUAUCCCUUCGCUUGGAAUCCUUCUCGCCAACGACAUAUAGUCGUCUCUAAUUAUUCCAAACUUAUUCAAUUCCUCUUCAUCCCAUUAAGAUGGCUCCUUUCACUCCUCGAGGAGGCGGCCGUGGUGGUCGUGGCGGCGCUCGUGGAGGCCGCGGUGGUUUCGGUGGUGAUCGCGGCGGCUUCGGUGGCCGUGGUGGUGCGCGCGGCGGACGAGGUGGUGGCCGUGGUGCUCCCCGUGGCGGUCCUCGCGGUGGUGGCCGAGGUGGUCCUCGCGGUGGUCGCGGCGGUGCUGGUGCUGGUCAGCGAGGUGGUGCCAAGGUCAUUGUUGAGCCUCACCGUCACCCCGGCGUCUUUGUCGUCCGUGGUGGUAAGGAAGAUGGUCUUGCUACCCGCAACACAACACCUGGCGAGUCUGUCUACGGCGAGAAGCGCAUCUCCGUCGACGAGUCUGUCCAGAACGACGAUGGCACCACUACCACCACCAAGAUCGAGUACCGCAUGUGGAACCCCUUCCGAAGCAAGCUUUGCGCUGCCAUCGCCGGUGGUGCUGAUGAGAUCUACAUCAAGCCUGGCUCUCGCGUCCUCUACCUUGGUGGUGCCUCCGGUACCUCCGUCUCUCACGUCGCUGACAUUGUCGGUCCUACUGGCUACGUCUACGCCGUCGAGUUCUCUUCCCGAUCCGGCCGUGAUCUCAUCACCAUGGCCUCCAAGCGACCCAACGUUGUUCCCAUUGUUGAGGACGCCCGUCAGCCUGCCCGUUACCGCAUGAUCGUCCCCAUGGUCGAUGUCAUCUUUGCCGAUGUUGCCCAGCCCGAUCAGGCCCGUAUUGUCGCCAUGAACGCCAACUGGUUCCUCAAGGUUGGCGGUGGUGUUCUCAUCUCCAUCAAGGCCAACUGUAUCGACAGCACUGCUCCCGCUGCCGAGGUCUUCGCCAACGAGGUCCAGAAGAUGCGAGCUGAGUCCAUCAAGCCCAAGUUCCAGCUUACCCUGGAACCCUUCGAGCGUGACCAUUGUUUGGUUGCCGGUGAGUACCAGCGCUACAAGUCCUAGACGUACUAGGUCGAGCUUCUGUGUAAUUCGCUUCAAAUGAAGAUUGGAAGAGAUGGUCUGCUUUGUGUCAUGCGGUUUCCCAGGUAUCUCACGGUUCCCGGUAGACUUUUUGUCUUCAGCUUGUUGCAUCAGGGAAAAAAUGGUUGACGGCAUUUUCUUCAACAACGGCGAGGGGCGUUCCGGGUGGGUUGGAUCUGUAAAUAUCAAUGUUUGUCCGAAUCUUAAAGCUUUUUUGGUGUCGCGCAUCCCAAAAAAGAAUCUGAAAAGGAACAAGGAUAUCAAUUACUUAUUUUGUUUUCUUCAAACGACUACGGAUCUACUUUUCAGUUACAACUGCACCUUCGCCCUGGGACGCGCCGUUGGUUAGGCCGUUGGGAGAGAGAUGGCACGGGAUCAGAGAGGAUUGUACGAUGCUCUAAGGCCAGGCCAGUGGCUCUCGUCUGCCUGACCUACGACUUGAUGAUACCCCCAAUACGAUAGCCACGCCCGGAGUCCCAGUGUUGUGUCUUUGUUAGAUUAGAACAGUUCGAGCAAUGCAAUUCGUUACCGCUAGUUGUCUAUGCCCCGAUCAUCGCUCAUGCUUAGCUUUACACAUAAGUCUCGGAACUUUUUGAACUAGUA